UUUUUCUCCCCCCCCCGCAGCUGUGCUUAUAACUCUUAAUCUAUCUGGCCUUGCAACAAAGGACAGCCCAGGAGACACGGAGCAUGAUAGCUCACGGCAUCUCGGGGCUCCUGCGGCCCUUGCUGAGUGGACUGAAUGCGAGCAAGAUUCGCUUUAUUUAUGUCUGUGCGGUGACUGAGCAGCAUUCUGCACCAGCUAAGCGGGGAUCCAGAAGAGGCUUCAGCACCACGCACAAGCUCCAGGAUGCCCCUGGGGAACCCAGCUCUGCAGGCCAGGUGACGGUGCACUUUAUAAAUCGGGAUGGAGAGCGACUUACAGCCACAGCCAAAGAAGGGGAGAGCUUGCUGGAAGUGGUGGUCAAUCAGAACCUGGCCAUUGAUGGAUUUGGUGCCUGUGAAGGGACAUUAGCCUGCUCCACCUGCCACCUCAUCUUUGAGAAGAACACCUUCCAAAAGCUGGAAACCGUCUCAGACGAAGAGCUGGACAUGCUGGACCUGGCGUACGGACUCACGGAGACAUCUCGCCUUGGCUGCCAGGUGCGCAUGAAGAAGUGGAUGGAUGGUCUGACGGUGCGGGUGCCCAUGGAUGUAUCGGACAUCAGGAGGCAGCUGGGGGCUGGCGAGCAAAGCAAACAGUAACUGGGAAUGACUCCGCGCAGCUCACAUCCUCACUCCAGGUGUGGCUGGGAACUUGGCUUUUGUUAAGGCUGUUGCUUUUGGUGGCUGGCUUACAGUAGACCAUAGAGGUCUGAUUCAGUAUAAAUGCCUGUUCGGCAAAUCUCUUAUUUAAACAAGGCUUAACACGAGGUUCUUUGGUACGUGUUUUAAGUGCUUGAGUGCUCUGCUGAAGGCAACUGGACUGAAGCUGUGGCCUUACAUUUCCCUGGGCGGGUGACUCACCCGCUCCCUUGAAAUUCGAGGAAUUCUGCUGUUCUAAGUGCUGGGAGUUCUGCAAGGCUUGGCUCUUUAACUGUAGAACAGAGCUUUCCCAAUUUGGGAAGCCUGAGAAGAGGUAGCUGUUCCAAAUACAAGAUGCUAUGCUGAUUGGCUUGAUGACACAGGCUGGCUUUGGUUAGCAAGAACAUACUGAUAACCAGUUGAACGCUGACAUUUCAUUUAAGAGGGAGUCACUUUCUGCGAUGUUACGUGCGACUGAAUUGUUGUGUGCCACGAUCUGCUACUUUCUCCAAGUGUUUAAUUUUCCCAUUGCUGUACUACCACGUGCAUCUAAUAAAAUUAUAAUUAGGAUUUUAGA